ACAAAUAAGUCACCUGUACUGGAAAUCAGUUUGCCGAAAUUAUUGAAUCAAAGGAGGUUCCAGCCUUGACAAGGGGAUUGUGGCCCUUCCUGGAAUCCCUCUGGACACGCCCUCCCAGCAUCUUCUAGGAAAGAUGCAGCACCUCAAAGGGAAGCCCAGGAAGGAGACAUGGAAAGACAAGAAGGAGCAGAAGCAAGCCAUGCAGGAGGCCCGGCAGCAGAUCACCACGGUGGCACUGCCCACGCUGGCCACGGUCGUGCUCCUGAUCGUGGUGUUUGUGUACAUGGCCACACGCCCCACCAUCAACAAGGGAGCACCGCGGCCAUCCGCAGACCCGUUUGGCAGGGAGAGGAGGCACAGGAGGUGGAAGCAAAUGAAAUAUGGCUUUCAUAUUCAGAGAUGUUCAUGCUGCUGAGCUAUAAGCAGGAGCAUCCUGUCUUCUCUGUUUUUUUUUCCUUCUUCUUCUUU